AUGGUGCACGAGGACCUCGGGUUCUGCCGCUACCUGGCCCCCGAGUUUACGCCUGAUGCCAACCCGGAGGAGAUUUUGCUGGAGUUCUCGGACAUGAACCUUCCAAUAGCAAAGGACCAGUCGUACCUGCUGACGCGGUACAGAGCGGCAGACGCGGCUCGGGUGCCGUUGUCCGUGGUGUCUGACCAGAACAGCUGGCUGCGACACAAGCUCAAGGUGCAAGAGAGAGUCACGAAGCAGGCCGUGAACGUGAUGGACCUGUACGCCAAGCGCGCGAGGGUAGAGCGAGACCCCUGCAAGCCGGACGGGCCGGAGAUGGACGAGUUCUGCAAGGGCUUCGACCACCAGCCGACAAAGGAUCAGCUCCGGUGCCUGACCGAGAUCGAGAACGACAUGAUCUGGAGGAAGAUCCCCAUGGACAGACUGCUGUGCGGAGACGUGGGUUUCGGAAAGACCGAGGUGGCCCUCCGCGCCAUGUUCAGGAUGGUGCGGCACAACAAACAGGUGGCGCUUUUGGCGCCAACGACGAUCUUGGCCGCGCAACACUACAGGACUCUCCUUAAGAGAAUGCCCGCGGAUGUUAACGUGGCACUCUUGAGAGGGGGCAACUCGAUGGGCAGCAGGGGCAUCAAGGAGGCCAUCCGAAAUGAAACCGUUCGCGUGGUUGUCGGGACGCACUCGCUUCUCAGCCGGAAGGUGGAGUUCCCGAACCUGGGCCUGCUGGUCAUCGACGAGGAGCAGAAGUUCGGCGUGAACCAGAAGGAAAAGCUCAAGGUGUUGACCACGGGCGUGGACGUUCUGACGCUGACGGCGACCCCGAUUCCGCGGACCCUCCACAUGUCCCUCACCGGCAUCCGGGACCUUAGUACCAUCUUCAGUCCCCCCGCCAACCGUCAGAAUGUGACGACGUACAUCAUGAAGGGGACCGACGAGAUCGUGCAGCGAGCGCUUACUCGGGAGAUGAGUCGAGGGGGUCAGGUGUUCUACGUGGUUCCAAGGAUCAACCAAAUAGAGGACGCUUGGCUUCAGAUCAGCCGGUGUGUUCCCAACGCCAGGGUAGCGGUGGGGCACUCUAAGAUCAAGAACCUCGAGGAUGUGGUGCUGCAGUUCACGCUGGGCAGAGGAGACAUCCUGCUGGCGACCUCCAUCAUCGAGAACGGUAUCGACAUGCCGAACGUUAAUUCCAUCGUGGUACAGGACUCCCACAUGUUCGGACUGUCUCAGCUGUACCAGAUGCGCGGUAGGGUCGGGCGGUCAGACGUUGCGGCCUACACGUACCUUCUAUACCCCCCAGGUCACCAGCUCAGCAACGAGGCCAAGCGGCGACUCAAGGCGAUGCGAGAGCUUAGCCACCUGGGGUCCGGGUUCGAGCUUGCCAACCGAGACCUGGAAAUCCGAGGAGCGGGAAACAUCUUCGGAACGGACCAGUCGGGGGACCUGAAAGACAUCGGGUACGAGCUGUACAUGAACAUGCUGGAGAAGGCGAUCGUGUCUGUGAGAGGGACGGACAUCCAGCCCGUGCUUCGCUGCGAGGUGGAUAUGGGGUUCGGGGCCGAGCUUAAGGGCUCGGUCCCGGCGGACUACAUGACUUGCGACGACGAAGAGCGAGAGCGGCAGAUCGACCGCCUCCGAGUGUGCAACUCCUUCCGAGAGCUCGUGCGCAUCGCCAAGGAGUGGGUCAACUCCUACUCGGAGAUGCCGGUAGCCGUCCGCCGGCUCUUCAAGCACACCCACCUCAACACCGCUUGCCGGCUGCUGGGCAUCUCCUCGCUGUCCCUCGAGUUCCUCCCCGAGCGCGACGCCUCCCUGGGGGAGGCCGACGCCGCCGGGGAGGGGGGGGGCGACGCGGUUAACGGGGGGGUGGGGUGGACGGGGGCCGGCGCCAGGAAGCCGAUGGUGGAGGACCUGGAGGCGGCGCGCGAGUCACACGCGGCGCAAGAUCGAGCGGCCGGUGUCGGCGGGGACUCCGCGGCUGCAGGUGGGGGGGGUUCCGCAGCAGCGACGAGUGAGGGGGGGGGCGUGGCGACGGUGAACGGGCGCCCGAGCGGGGGCGGGACUCCGAAGCAGGUGGUGGCGGUCGACGCGGCGGCCGCGGCGGCUACGGCGCCGGCGCCGGCGCCGGGGGGUGUCAAGUCGGGGGAGCCGGUCAAGCUGGUACCGUUCGCGGUGAUGAGGGGGCCGGAAGUGGAGCAGGAGCGGUGGGAGAUCUUGUUCCGGCAGGGGCCGUUGGAGUACUCCCAACUGCAGCGAAUCAGCUUCCGCGGAGACGUGGGCGGGGUAGCGCUACGGGGAGUUGCAGGAGAGGAAGAGGCGUGGUUGAAGGGGGACAGAGAAGAGUGGCUGGACCAUUUGUUGUCGGUCCUGCUACCGCUGGUGGAGUACGUCGAGACGAAGCAGAGCUUGCAGAUGAAGAGCACGAGAGCACCACCGCCAAAAUUUGUCGCCUGA